AUGACUUCCGCGAAAAACCCUACAUCCUGGGAUACCCACGAUGACAUGCUACUAAGACAUUUGAAAGAGAUAAAAAACUUAGGCUGGAAAGAAAUAUCCCUAUACUUUGACAACAGAACACCAAAUGCUUGCCAAUUCAGAUGGAGGAGAUUGAAAUCCGGAAACUUAAAGUCAAACAAAAGUGCCCUCAUCGAUGUCACUAAUAUGCAUGUGCCUAUGAACUACUACGAGAGAAAUGUGAAGAUGGGUAUUGCAAGUGCCAACUCUUCAUCGGAUGCGUCGCCAUCAUCUGGUUCUCCUAAAGGCCCACCAGCAAACGAUUACGUGGUACAAAGUAUCCCAAUUUCUCCUCAACAUCAGUUACAAACCACUGCUGCUUUUGCGGUACCACAUCCACAGGGUUCCUUCACCCAACCUGCACUGCCUUCAAGUUAUCAGAGAGACGUAAUUGACCAAUCUGGGUACGUGGCCAACACUGAACAAGAAACUAGAUUUAGUAGACCUAAAUCAUUCUCUCAUUCUAUGACUGGCACUUUCUCCACACCAUCAUACCCUGUUAAUUCACCAAAUUCACUGUCUAAGUAUCACCAACCACUCUCAAGAAUGAACUCUGAUGAUGAAAAUGUUGGCUUCAUACCUAAAGUCAUCGUCAAAUCAAGAAGAGGAUCAUCAAUUUUACCCGGGCCCUUUGAUCAAUCGAACCCAUUCCAGAAUCAACAACUACAUUACUCCACCAAACAACAAAAUAUGGGGUCCGGAUCUGCACUCCAAUCCCCAAAUGGUAGUUCCAAUGCUAACAGCUACUUUCCAGCAGCUUUAAACACAACACUAAACGGCUCAAAGGCAAGGAAAAACUCCUUCGUAAAUUGGUCUAGAAGAAACUCCUUCAAUUUCUCAUCAACCUCAAAUUCUAGAAGAUCAUCAAUAAUACAGGCCCCAAACUCAAUUGGUGGCCCUCUUCCAAGCAGUUUAAGUCACACUGAAGUGUAUUCAUCAAAUCCAAACUCUAGAAGGCACUCUGUUCAAAAAAUUACUGAUUCAAGAGGCUCCACGUCUUCCAUAACUAGUCCAUCCGCCGCUAGUGCCGUUUACUCUGCAUCUAACAACUAUAUGGACACUCCAGUGACCAACGCUAACAUGACAACCUUUAAUAAAACAUCAAGACAAGCCUCCAUUCCUAUGGCGAACAGAAGACAGUCUGUUGCGUUGAGUACUUUUAAUAAUAAAACGGCUAGCAAUUACAAUAUUAUGCCGUGGACAAGAGAGGAGGAGCUAUUGUUGAUCGAUUGCCACGCUAAGCAGAUGUCACCAUCAGAAAUGUCAGUUGUACUACCCACCAAAUCUGAUGCCGAGAUCAGAGCAAGAUUGAGUCUUAUCUCCCAAUUCCAAGCACCGAUUGAUGUUCAACAACGCCCAAUACUCGAACAGCCAAGACCACAAUUUCCUAGACAAUUGUCUGGUCCAGCAUUACAAAAUAAUACCGUUCAACAAAAAGGUAAUUGUAGUAAUGACAGCACAGUUGUCGAUGAAGUUGAUCCUUUAAUCAAGGCUGAUGUUAACCAAACUGUCACUCCAACUUCUGAAUCUUCAAAAGAUGUGUCACCCGCACCAGUGUUCUCUCCAAAUCCAAACGACUCGACAUCCUCAAUAUCUGCCUGUAGCAGUUCAAUGUCAAUGAAUGGUAAACACAUAGGAGAGAAUUGCUCAACUGCCGUUAACUAUAGUGUUGGGGUCAAUGAUGGCCACUUCCCUUCUCCUGCUCUAUCUAAUGAAAAAUUAACGAAUCUUAACGAAAGAAAACUGCCAACCAUAAGCACAUUAUUGAACAAUGCUGUUUAA